UUUUGUGCCCACAAUGGCGUCGGCGCAUGACAGAGCAGUCCUGCAAGCAAUCUUCAACCCCAACUCCCCUUUUGGAGAUGUUCCCGGCCUGGACCAGGAGCAGGAAUUAAUGGACGACGACAGCCCCUUUGAUGAGGACUCACUGAGGCUCGUGAAGGACUUGGAGACUCGUGCGGUCUCUGCAGCUGAGGUGGGAGAUUUGCAGGGGGCCCUUGAACUCUUCAGCAGGGCUGUACGGGUUUUGCCCCACCGGGCGUCGGCCUACAACAACCGGGCGCAGGCACUGCGACUGCAAGGAAACACAGAAGGUGCUCUGGAGGACCUGGACCGAGCCAUCUCCCUGAGCGCGGGUCGGGGUCGGACCGCCUGCCAGGCGCUGGUGCAGCGGGGCCUCCUGCGCAGGCUGGUGGGCCGGGACGACGAGGCCCGGGCGGACUUCCAGGAGGCGGCGACGCUCGGUAGCGAGUUUGCCCACCGGCAGGCGGUCCUGCUGAACCCGUACGCGGCGCUUUGCAACAAGAUGCUGUGCGAAGUCAUCGGCAAGCUGCGCAACCCCGACGUCUGCGAGCGCCCACUGUAGACGCGAUCCAUAAACCAGCUUUUAUUCAUCUUAAAGGAGACAUAUUUUCAAAAAUUGACUUUUUACUUGUUUGUAUACAAAUAGUUUAGUCUCUCCUGCCUGCCAACCCAUUAAGAGUGAAAUUAAACAACCA